AUGAGUUUUAAAACUGUAUCAUUGCUUCUUCUUACUUUCGCCAUUUUCCAAAUCGAGUGCAGUGUAGUUCCAUUUAGAUACACUCAAAUAGCACCCCCAAAUAUCCGACCAUUUGCUGCGCAAGUCAGUACAUUCACUAGAGGACUUAACGUGCUAGCAGCACCUUUAGCCGCUGGAGUUUUAAAUCCCCCAGCUAUAGUAACCAGAAACAUUGUUUCUGGUUUACCUUUCACAGGCCCUGCAGCAUUACAUGCACCCGUUGCAGCUCCUUUAGUACAUGAGCAUGUAGCAGCUCCUGUUGUAUCUGCACCCUUUGAAGCCCCUGCUGUAUUGCCUGCUCCAGGCGCUUUUUCAGCAGCAUUUGCAUCACCCGUAGCUCCAGUAGGUGUACUUCCUGCACCACCUGCGCAUGUGCUGCCAGUACCGAAUGCUAGAUCGGUGCAUGCAGUAGCUCCAGCAGCAGCACCCGUUUUAUGGUAG